AUGUCGUCGAACGCUUUUGAAAAUUUAUUCAUUGUUUCGGUUUGUUUGAAUAACCAUAACGUAUUAGCGGCAGAUUCUGUUCAGCUUUUGGAUAUCAAUAACUCAGCGGCUGUUAAAUCGUUUCGUAUAUCAACCGAAUCAAAUAAUCAAAAUAAUAAAAUGCCAAGUGUAACUACAACAAAUACUGUCAAUACUGCGGGAAUUCGUUUGAUGCGCAAAACUUCGUGUGCUGCUGGUGCUAGUAGCGGUGGUGGUGGCACUGGCGCUGGUGGUGGUGCAAAUGAUCAGUCAACUAACUCUUCAUCACACCAAAAUCCAGACAGAAAAUCACUAAGAGAUCAACCAAAUGUUGGCAAAUACAAGUUAAUUCGUACACUUGGUCGAGGUAAUUUCGCAAAAGUUAAACUUGCUCAGCAUGUUUCAACUGGACGAGAGGUUGCUGUGAAGGUGAUCGAUAAAACUCAGUUGAAUCAAGCCAGUUUAAAAAAGUUAUUCCGAGAGGUGAAUAUUAUGAAAAUGCUGAAUCAUCCAAAUAUUGUUCGAUUAUAUGAAGUGAUCGAAUCAGAACGUCAUGUUUAUCUAGUCAUGGAGUAUGCUGAAAAUGGCGAAGUAUUCGAUCAUCUAGUUUCACAUGGUCGAAUGAAAGAACGUGAAGCAAGAGCUGCAUUUCGUCAGAUUGUAUCCGCUGUAGAAUACUGUCAUCAAAAGAAAAUUGUACACAGAGAUUUAAAGGCUGAAAAUCUUUUAUUCGAUGGUUAUUUCAAUGUGAAACUAGCUGAUUUCGGUUUUUCAAAUCUUUUUGAUGGAUCGAAGAAACUGGAUACAUUUUGUGGUAGUCCUCCGUAUGCUGCACCGGAAUUAUUUCAAGGCCGUAAAUAUGAUGGUCCAGAAGUUGAUGUUUGGUCAUUAGGUGUAAUAUUGUAUACACUUGUUAGUGGAUCAUUACCAUUCGAUGCACAGCAUUUAAAGGAUUUACAAGAACGUGUACUUCGUGGGAAGUAUCGUGUUCCGUUCUACAUGUCCACUGACUGUGAAGCAUUAUUACGCAAACUGUUAGUUCUUAAUCCAUCCAAAAGAGUUACACUCAGGAAUGUUAUGUCUGAUAAGUGGUUAAAUAUUGGCUAUGAAGAUAAUAUUUUAAAACCGUAUGUUGAACCGCCGCCUGAUUACAAUGAUAAAGAAAGAUUAGAAAUUAUGCGUAUUAUGGGUUAUCGUCCUGAGGAUGUACGUGAAGCUUUAGUAAAACAAAGUUUCAAUAAUGUUACAGCAAUCUAUUUACUAUUAGCUGAUCCUAAGACAAGAUUAACCUUACCAGCAAGCAGUUUCAUUUCAUCGUCACCUUCACAAGCAAUACAAGGCAAUACUCUAUUGAAUAAUAAUAAUAAUAAUAACCUUCAUCAUCAUCAGUCAUCAGAAAUUGUUGAAGAUAAGACUACCUCAUCAAGUGUUGUUAAGUCGUCUACAGAUAAAACUAAUGGUGUUGAAAAUAGUAAUAAUAAUAGUAAUAAUAACAAUUCCAAAUCCAAUCAAAAUGGAUCAUUACAUCAAAGUAAAAAAGAAUCCGGUCAAGACAAUACAUCUCAGUACAAUGGAGUUAGGCGUACAAGUGGGAUCUCUUGGCUGAAGCAAAGCGCUAGUGCCGGUCCUGCAUCAAAUAGACAAGAGAAAUCAAGUGUAGACGAAAAAUCUCGUCUCCUUCCACGUAUACGCGUAUCAGAUUUACGUGAUCGUGGCAAUGAUAUCAAUGUAGAUAAUCGUGGACAAGAGAAAAUAGAUGAGAAUUCCGAAAUUACUGAAUCACCUGGUGAUCAGUUAAGCGUUCGUCGAAUGAAUACCUUUACAAUGUCGGAUAAAUUUCGGCCAACUGGUUCAGAUCCUCAAUCCCCCAGCCUACAGGGUCCGUUAUCUAGAGCACCACCAAUGUCAAAUAUUCCCAACUGCAUCACUGCUAAUCCAUCUACAACUAGUAGUGAGAAUUCACCAAUCAAAUCUACUGACAAAGCAUCUGCUCCGUUUAACACUGAUAAUACAACCAAUUUUGAACAACCGAUCAAAUUGAAUCAAGCUGUACCAUACACUGAAGAAAAUCCUUCACUGAAUUCUAGCAACUUCAUUGGAUGGUUACGAAGAACACUUCCUCAUCGAAAACGUCCUAAAGAUACUAUUUCAUCGUGUAAUAAUAAUUCAAAGCCUAUUUCAACGAAUUAUAAUAACAACGGUCCUGUAAUUAAUAAUGACAAUAAUAAUAAUAAUAAUAAUGCUAAUAGUCAUGAUAUUAUUGAUGUCUUGGAUCCUAAUGAUCAACAGAGAUUUCAUCGUAAUGAUCCUAAUCGUUCUACGGAUAAUUGGAGUAAAAAUAAAUCGAAAAAUAUCUCAGAUCAGUCUACAUCAUCGACAUUCAGUGAUAGUCCUUCUUCAACACUCGGUGCCUCAUCAUCUGGUACUAUGGAUUCAUCGAAAGUUAUGCAGCAACAGAACAUAAAUAAAUCAACUAAGCAUCAUCAGAUUGGAAUGCCGGAUUCAAUCUGCAAGGCACUUGAUACACCAACAACAACUAAUGAUGAUAAUAAUGAUAAGUCGUGUCCAAAAUCUCCAGUCUUCAAAUUACCAACAAAUACAGCAGCAACAACUACAAGAGAUUCGCUCAUUAAAUGGUCAGUACGUCAUCGACCGAACAAUACCACUUCUACUGGCACCAAUGCUACUAUUAGUACUACUAAUAGUAGUAAUAAUACUUCUAGUAGUUUAACGUCUAGAGAAUGUAGACAGUCAUCACCAAAGGGUACAGUAGUAACGAGUAACUUGAAUGCAAAUCAAGGCGUAAGUCUUCCUUCUGAAGUGAAAAAUUCUUCUGACUCUUCGUCAGUAACAUUAGAGAUGACAACGACUGCAGUAAGGGCUCAGAAGAGCGCCUCUAUGAAAGCUCGAUCUGGACGAUUUUUCCGUAGUUUAACGACUAGAAUCGCUCGAAGUCAUGCAAGUCAUAAUCGAAAUAUGUCUAGUUUACGAAAAUUCAAUAAUAACAACAAUAACAAUACUAAUACUACUAAUAAUAAUGAUAAUAAUACUAAUACUAAUAAGAAUAAGCAUAGCAAUAAGAAGCAUCACUAUCAAUCCGAUAAGACCAGUUUAUUGAAGAACAAUGAAAAAGAAGAAAUUACCGAGGAAUCUGACUCAUCGGACAGACAACAUUCACUAUUAUUGGUAUUAUCAUCAUCUGGGUCAUCACACAGUCAUCGUCAUCGCCAGCAUCAGAAUCACCAGUCGGCUGACAAUGAUGACAGUAAUACUGAUGACGACAAUGAUGAUGAUGAUGAUACAAUGAAGGGUACUAUUUCGCCUAAUCGUGAUCCAUGGAUAACUAUGGAACCGGAAAAACAACGUAAAAUCUCUUCGACCAUGGGUGGUAAUACAACAUCAAAGUCAAAAAAAUCAUCAUCAAAUGAAGUUGAUACUACUAAUACUACUACUACCACUAGUGGUGGGAGUGGUGGUGGUGAUAAGGUUAAAUCAAAAUUCUAUGGCUUCGAUUCGCCUACGAGUUUACCAAUGAAUGAUUCAUCUGGAAUUAUUAUUAGUGGUGGUGGUGGUAGUCAAAAAAAGACAGGAAUGGAACUACCUUCAGUCGACCGGACAAAUACACGAACAGUAAUCAUGACUUCCGAUGUACAUAGGCAUAAAGCAUCAACUAUUACAACGGUUGUGCCGACACCACAAUCACCACUAUCGCCAAUACCGCCAAUACCACAGUCAUUAACAAUGUCAACAUCUGUUAAAAGCAGUAAUAAUGAUAACAAUAAAACUCUCUCCUCAUCUGUAUUUGAAUCAGAUUAUAAUAAUAAUAAUUAUUAUUAUGGACAGAAUAAAGGCGGAAAAUUAUGGAAACCACGUCGUCUACACUUUGUACUACGUCUUCCUAUAAUUGGUUCUGAUCCUCAUAUUUUAUUAAUACAAAUGAUAGAAUUAUUUAAACGUUAUCAAUGCGCUUAUACUUUUCUCAGUUCAUAUCGUUUACGUUGUACAAAAUUAAUAAAUUCACAUAAUAAUCCUAAUGAUAAUUGUAAUACUAUUACUACUACUACUAAUGAUAAUAUUAAUAAUAAUGAAAGUAUUGAUGAACAGGGCAUACAACAACAACAACAACAGCAACAACAGUCUCAAUGCAGUAAAUCAUCACAGUCAUCGUCAUCAUCAUCCAGUGUACUUAACUGGGAUUUAGAGAUAUUUCAAUUAGCCAAGCCAAUUGUUUAUGGUGUACGCUUUAAACGCAUUUCAGGCAAUCGUAAUGCAUUCAAAUCAAUGGUAAAAUAUUUUGUUCAUCAAACUGAAAAUAUAACUUGAUGUGUAUCAUCAUCCUCGUCAUCAUCAUCACCACCACCAUCAUCAUCGUCGACGUUGGCGGCGGCGGCGGCGUCGUCAUCGUCAUCAUCAGCAUCAGCAUAUCUUGUUCACAAUUCAAGAUACAAUCACAACUAUUGUAUGUUGUGUUUAUAAAUAUUGUUCGCUUGUUUGUUUGUUUGUUUGUAUGCGUGAGUGUGGAGGUGUGUGUGCGUGUGUGCACGUAUGUACGUACGUGCGUACGUAGGUACCCAAAUACAAUCAAGUGUAGAGUUGACAUACAUUCUCACACAUGCAUACACGCUCUUCUCUUUUAAAAUAGAAUUCUUUAUUUCAGCAUCUUAGUGUCGUUAUCUAAUUCUUUUCGUGUUUUCUUUCU